GACAGCAGGUUUAAAGCAUGAUGGUGUGUUUUAUAGUUCAGCCAUGUUUAAUUAUUUACUCUGGUCUUUCUCAGGACACAGCGGUGUGGAUUACACACACACACACACACACACAAACACCCCUCUCCUCGCCUCAGCACGAUUCACCCUCUCCGUCUCUCUCCUGGAUGAUUUAAGACCCGCAGACUCUCUCAAGGCCUCGCUGAGCGUUACACUGAUAUGGAUAUAAACAUGUCGGAGAUGAACAGCAGCCAGUUGCACCGCCUCACCUUGGGGAUUUACUCGAGCUUGAUGGACGACUUCAACCCCAGCCUGCAGAGACUGGUGUCACUGGGAAACAGCUACGUCCAAGCUUUUCAGGCUCUGGCGCUCACGAGUGAGGCGUACUUCAGCGCCCUCUCACGGAUCGGGGAGAAAGCCUUCCGCAGCGUGUCUUCAGGCCCUCUGGGAGACGUUCUCAUUCAGGUCUCUGAGAACCAGAGGAGACUCACGGCGGAGCUGGAGGGACUGUUUCGCUUGUUCAAUGUGGAGGUUCUGCUGAAGAUGGAGGAGAACAUCCAACAGGACAGAGAGUACAUAUCAGACAGCAGGAAACACUACGAGAUGGAGGUCCACACCCAGGCGGCAGCUCUGGAGAGACGCAGAGGAACCAACCAAGAUUACGGUGAGCAUGUGCGUUUCCUCAGAGAGAGCUACAGCGAGGCUCUGAAGGAGGAGGAGAGACGACACCGCUUUCUGGCUGAGAAGCACUGCGGCCUGAUACAAUCCAUCGCACGCCUCAUGAAUAAGGUCGGAGGUUCUCUCCAGCAGACCGCUGACUCUCUGACCAAUAAGGCGAACGCCACCAGAGAACCAGAGGCCAGAUCUGCCCCCGCCUCGGACUACGGCUCUAUGGGGAUGAGAGAGGAGAUGAGACAGAGCAGAGAGGAGCUGAGCCUCGGCAGGAUGCCUUCAAGGGCUCCCUCUCCCCAGGGGGGCGCCUCUCGCUCCAGGACAGAGUCGGUGGGAAGUGGCGGCAGCGGUGAUGGAGGAGCAGGAAGGAGCAUGAGGGCGAUGGUGGACCACCAUCCUGUGAGCUCCAGCCCCACCGUGCUGCCCUUCAACCGGGGAGAGAUGAUCACUGUACUGGUCCCACAGCCCAGGAACGGCUGGCUGUACGGGCGUGCUGACAGCAGCUCACGGCUGGGAUGGUUUCCGGCCUCGUUUGUGGAAGCAGUCGAUGUUUUCCCAAGGAGCUCUGGCUCGUCUCUCCGGAGCAGCAGCAGCUCAAGCAACCUGCUGGACCAACCAUGGAGCAGCAGCAGCUCAAGCAACCUGCUGGACCAACCACGGAGCAGCAGCAGCAGCAGCCGCAGUGCAGCUCCGCCUCCUCCGCCUCCACCGCCAUCGUCUUCAUCUUCACACGAACACUCCAAGACACGAGGGUCCAAACAGACCCGGGACAAGAAGGCCGAGUCCUCAUCCAAUCAGUCCGUCCAGCAGGGGCAGUGUGGUAAGGUGCUGUUCUCGAUGGCUACGCAGCCGUCCUUCUGGUGGAUGCAGGGAGGAAGCUCCAGCUGCUGA